AGUCACGAUUAUGAACGAAGCUUGUAGUAUUGUUAAUGUGGAAGAAAGAGGCAUAAAGUUGACUAACCCUAGGGCAUUACCUAGGUGUUAGAGAUUAAAGUAAAUUCCUAAUGUUGACCUUUUCUCUUCUUUUUGUAAAAAAUUUGCCUUUUUCUCCUACAAGAUAAAAAAAUCUUGAUGGUUAAGAUUCUAAUUUAAUUUAAUGCAGCUUUGUUUAGGUUUUUCUGGCAGUACCUGCAUGAAUAGAUUGUACAUAUAUAGAAUAGGAUAGUGCUUGUUUAACCAGAUAUGUGUGGUUCCAGGCACAGAUACAUAAUUACUGCCCUUCGAUGAAUUGUGUCAUAUUCUGAGGUUAUAAGCUUUUAGAAGUGAGGAGUCUUUUAAUGUUCUCUAUACAAUAGCUUGAAAUAGCAAAACAGUGAAUUAUGAGUUCUGAAUAAUGUUCCUAUAAAUACUUUUGAUUAAAUCAUAUUAAAGUAUUAAUAUAAAAUUAAGAAACAAAUUAAAAUUUUUUGAUGAUUACAUCUCAUUAAUGUUUAAAAAUAAUUUGACAAUUUUAAUUUUGAAAUGAAAAUAAUAAUAAAAGGUUAUAUUUUUCUCCUUGUAAAUCAACAGACAUCAAAAUUUACAAGCUCUUCAGAAAUUCCAGUAGAAUUUAUAAGAAGAAAUGUUAAACUGCGUGGACGAUUGCACCGAAUAACUGAGAAUGGUUUAGAAAUUGAACAUAUUCCUAUUACUUUACCUAUUAUAUCUUCAUUGAGAAAAGAGCCAUAUGGUGUUUUACUGGUUAAAUUGGCUGGAGUAGAACUCACUGAAACUGGGAAGAUGUGGUUACAAAAAGAGCUAAAACCUUCCCAAACACUAUGGUUCCAACUUCUUGGAAAGGAGAAUUCAGCGCUCUUUUGCUACCUUUUAGUGAAUAAGGGUGGAUAUUUUAGUGUGAGUCUAAAUGAAGAAAUUUUGAGAAGAGGCCUUGGCAAAACUGUUCUUGUUAAAGGGCUAAAUUAUGAUUCUAAAAUCUAUUGGACAAUUCACAGAAACUUACUUAAAGCUGAAUUAACAGCCAUAAAAAAAGGAGAAGGAAUAUGGAAGGAAGAACCUGAAAAAGAAAGUUAUUUGGAAAAAUUCAAAGACUCCUGGAGAGAAAUAUGGAAAAAAGAAAGUUAUUUAAGUGUAUCAGAUUUCAACUUGAAAAAAGUAAGUUAUUAUGACAAAUUUAGAAGGACAUACGAAAUAUGGAAAGACAUCAUAAAUAACUACUCCUUAAUACUGAAGUUUAGAGAACUUAUAAGUCACAUACGUUUUCAUAGAAAACGGUGAAAUAUCCAAGAGAUCUAGAGGUGACUUACUCCAAAGAGUAGAAUAUGUAAAUAUAUGGACAUUUUUCAAUGAGUCAAAAUGGAAAUAUCCCCAAAUGAUCAAAGUUGUGGUCUAAUGGUUUUUAAAUAUUAAAAAGAUGAUUAUUAUAAAUAUAAUUAAUUUAAACAAAUUAUCAUUAAUGUAAUAUGUUUCUAGGAAAAAUGAAACACUCUGUAUAAAAAGUUACCAGGUUUUUGGUUAGAGUGUGGUGUUAUGACACCAAUUAUAACACCAAGGUCAAGGGUUUGGAUCCCUGUAACCAGCCAGCCGGCCAAAAAAAAAAAAGUUACCAGGUUGAAGGACUUCCAAAUGUAGUCCUAAUGUGUGAAGAGAAAGUUUACUCCUGGCCAUUGUGUUAUUUUGGGCAGCCAUAUUUUUUUUGUUUAAAGAGAAUAUUUAUUUUUCCAGCUUUAUCUGCUUUCAUUAUUUAUAAUAAAGGAAUUCUUUAUGUCUGAGGCUA